AUGAGCGACAUCGUCAUCAACCCCGACGCCUUUUUCGAGCGCCUGCAAACCCUUUACAAUGCCUGGAAAGCGGACAAGAGAUCGGGAAAUGAAGUCUUUGGCGGCGCAGACAGCAUCGUCAUCUUGACGGGCAAGGCUGCCGAGGAGACUGUAUAUGUUAAGAACAAUGCAGUUCAUUUCUGGCUCCUGGGCUAUGAGUUUCCGGCGACGCUGUUGAUCUUCACCACGGCUGCUUUCUAUGUUGUAACCACAGAGAAGAAGGCUAAGCACCUCCAAAACCUCAAGGAUGGCAAGAUCCCCGUCGAGAUCCUUACCGUCCAUAUGAAACAACCCGAGACCCGAACCCAAGCCUUUGAGAAAUGCAUCGAUAUCAUCAAGAAUGCCGGAAAGAAGGUCGGCACUAUCCCAAAGGCUGAGGCGCACGGACCUUUCGCCGAUGAAUGGGUCAAAAUAUAUGGCGACAUCUCCAAGGAGGUCGAGGAGGUCGACGUUUCAGGCGCCUUCUCCACGGCGUUUGCCGUCAAAGACGAGAACGAGCUGAGAAAUAUGCGAACCGCGGCUCGGGCAGCCAGUGGUAUGAUCUCGGACUAUUGGGUUGAUGAGAUGUCAUCUGUGCUUGAUGAAGAGAAGAAGGUCACUCACCGUCAGCUUUGUGAAAACAUGACGAAGAAGAUCGACGAUAACAAAUUCUUCAACAAGAUCUCCAAGUUGCCGAGCGAUUUCGACAACCAGCAGCUGGAUUGGGCGUAUGGCCCUAUCGUCCAGAGUGGCGGGCAAUAUGAUCUUCGACUGAACGCGCAACCCACGGGCGACAACCUUCACUCCGGUUGCAUUAUUGCGGGAAUGGGGUUCCGGUACAAGACCUACUGUUCGUUGCUAGCACGGACUUACUUGAUCGACCCGAGCAAGUCUCAGACGUCAAACUAUAAGCUUUUGCUUGCUGCGCAUGACGCCGCUUUGAAAGAAAUCAAAGAGGGGGCGCUGCCGAAGGACGUCUACAACAAAGCCCUGGGCGUCGUCAAGGCUCGCAGACCUGAGCUCGAGAAGAAUUUUGGCAAAGACGUUGGGUCGGCUAUCGGCAUUGAAGUCAGGGAUUCCAAAUUUGUCCUGAACAGCAAAAACACCAAACCCCUCAAAGACGGGAUGACAUUCAGUGUCACCACUAGUCUUUCGGAUCUGACAAACGACAAACCUCAGGACAAGAAGAGUACUAACUACACUCUUGUCCUGACGGAUACAGUUCGAGUGACCAGAGGGGAUCCGGUGGUUUUCACGAAGGAGGCACACACCGACCUGGAUUCGAUCGAAUUCUACUUUAAGGAUGAUGAAGAAGAAACCAAACCGAAGCAGGAAAAGGCGAAGAAGCCUGGUGUCAGUGCUAUUGUUACUUCAAAUAUCAAAGCGACCCGUCUCCGAGGAGCCAACCGACAGGACAACGCGAAAGAAGAAGAAGAGGCUCGCCGACGGGAGCAUCAGAAGGAGUUGGCAGGCAAGAAACAGCGCGAAGGUCUCGAAAAGUAUACCGAAGCGACUGGCGAUCUGAAUGGCGAGAACGAGAAGAAGUUCAAGAAGUUCGAGUCAUACAAGCGUGAAGGGCAACUUCCUCCAAGGGCCAAGGACUUGAUUGUCUGCGUGGAUCUGAAAGCGUCAACUGUCAUUAUCCCCAUCAUGGGCCGGCCGGUGCCUUUCCACAUCAACACGAUCAAAAACGUCAGCAAAUCCGACGAAGGCGAGUACACGCAUCUGCGGUUCAAUUUCUUGUCUCCCGGUCAGGGUGUUGGGCGUAAAGAUGACCAGCCUUUCGAGGAUCCCCAAGCACACUUUGUCAGAUCUUUGACCAUACGAUCCAAGGAUCAAGAUCGCCUCUCGGAAAUUUCGGCGCAAAUCACCGAACUCCGGAGGUCGGCUGUCCGUCGAGAGCAGGAAAAGAAGGAGAUGGAGGAUGUUGUGGAGCAGGACAAGUUGAUCGAAAUCCGCAACCGUCGGCCGAUCAAGCUUACAGAUGUCUAUCUUCGACCUGCGCAGGACGGCAAGCGAGUUCCCGGAGAGGUCGAAAUCCACCAGAAUGGUCUGCGAUACUCGUCGCCGCUCCGCCAAGAGCAUGUCGACGUGGUCUUUUCCAAUGUCAAACACUUGUUCUUCCAACCUUGUGUGGGUGAACUUAUUGUGAUUAUCCACGUCCAUCUCAAAAACCCCAUCAUCAUCGGCAAACGCAAGACGAGAGAUGUGCAGUUCUACCGCGAAGCCACUGAUAUGGCUUUUGACGAGACGGGCAACCGAAAGCGGAAGCAUCGAUAUGGCGAUGAAGAGGAGUUCGAACAAGAACAAGAAGAACGAAGGCGCCGAGCCGAGCUCGAUCGCCUUUUCAAGAGUUUCGCGGAAAAGAUCUCGGAUCAAGCCAGGGACUAUAACGUUACGGUUGAUAUUCCAUUCCGGGAGCUCAGUUUCAAUGGUGUUCCGAACCGCAGCAAUGUCCUGAUGGCGCCGACCACUGACGCAUUGGUUCAACUGACGGAACCACCGUUCACCGUCAUAACGCUAGAUGAGAUUGAGGUUGCUCAUCUGGAGAGAAUACAGUUCGGACUCAAGAACUUCGACCUUGUCUUUGUCUACAAGGACUUCCACCGCCCUCCGACGCAUAUCAACACGAUUCCAGUCGAGUCGCUUGACAGAGUGAAGGAGUGGUUGGACAGCGUGGACAUUGCAUACACUGAGGGGCCACUCAACCUGAACUGGAGCACGAUUAUGAAGACGGUGACGACCGAUCCCCAUCAAUUCUUCAAGGACGGCGGCUGGAGUUUCCUGGCCACGGAUUCCGACGAUGAAGAUGAGGAGGAGUCGGAGGAAGAAAGCGCGUUCGAAAUGAGCGACUCAGAACUGGCAGCAAGUGAGUCGGAAAGUGAGGAGGAGAGCGAGUUUGAUGACGACGCGAGUGCAAGCGACGAUGAAGGGGAAGCGGAUAGUGGGCUGUCGGACGAAGGGGAGGAUUGGGACGAGAUGGAGAAGAAGGCCAAGAAGGAAGAUAGGAGAGGUGGCGUGGAGGAAGAGGAAAAGGGCGGGCGGAAGCGCAAGCGAUAA